GCGCGGCUACCGUCGCACCUGAGUCGGUGACUGUCUGUCCGAGGCGCAGCGCGACUACCGGCUCCUCGCUGUUUCUCCUGCGCCACGAUGGCUGGAGCUGGCAGGCUUCAUCCUGCUGAGGGGAUAACCAGAUGCUGCUGCCAUCCUAUUGGGAUCAGGUGGAGGCGCCUGACGCUCCUUCUGCUCUGUCUGUUGUUGCUGCUUUGGGCGGGCACCGCUACCCAGGGGGAGAAUCUCCACGCCUGCAAAGAGUCUGAAUACCAUUAUGAAUAUACAGCAUGUAACAGCCUGGGCUCCAGAUGGAGAGUUGCUGUGCCCCACACCCCAGGACUCUGCACUGGCCUGCCAGAUCCCAUCAAAGGCACAAAAUGCUCAUUUUCUUGCAAAGCAGGUGAAUUCUUGGAUAUGAAAAAUCAGUCAUGCAAGCCAUGUGCAGAGGGCACGUAUUCUCUUGGGACUGGUGUCAGGUUCGAUGAAUGGGAUGAGUUGCCCCAUGGAUUUGCCAGCAUAGCAACCAAUUUUGAACUUGAUUACAACCUCUUGGAGUCCUUGGGAAACUGCACCAAGUCAACAUGGGUUCCUAAGGGAGAUUAUAUUGCUUCCAACACAGAUGAGUGCAUAGCUACUCUGAUGUACGCUAUUAACCUCAAGCAAUCUGGGACCGUCUCCUUUGACUACAUCUACCCAGAUAGCAACAUCGUCUUUGAAUUCUUUGUUCAGAAUGACCAGUGCCAGUCAACUGUGGAGGAUUCUCGAUGGAUGAAAACUACAGAGAGAGGGUGGGAGAAACACAGUGUGGAGCUGAGUCGUGGCAACAAUGUCUUGUAUUGGAAAACAACGGCUUUCUCUGUUUGGUCCAAAAACCCCAAGCCUGUAUUGGUGAAAAACAUUGGGAUUACAGGUGUAGCUUAUACUUCCGAAUGCUUUCCUUGUAAAGCUGGCACCUAUACAGCCAAAUCUGGUUCUUCCUUCUGUCAGCAAUGCCCAGCAAAUUCGUUUUCUUCCAAAAAAGCUACUUCUUGCCAACAGUGUGAGCCAGCAAAUUAUUCAGAACCAGGUUCUUCCUCCUGCAAGCCUCGCCCAGCCUGUACAAAUAAGGAUUAUUUUUAUAUCCACACUGCCUGUGAUACAAACGGGGAGACACAGCUAAUGUAUAAAUGGGCUGAGCCAAAGAUCUGCAAUGAGGACAUCCCCAAGGCAGUGAAAUUACCUCCAUCGGGUAUAAAGGUGAUGUGCCCCCCUUGCAAUCCUGGUUUUUUCAAGACAAAUGCCAGCACCUGCAAGCCUUGCCCAUAUGGAACAUACUCAAAUGGGACUGGUUGUACCAAUUGCCCGGUUGGCACCGAGCCUGCGGUAGGCUUUGAAUAUAAAUGGUGGAACACUCUGCCAGCUAAUAUGGAGACUACAGUCCUCAGUGGAAUCAGUUUUGAAUAUAAGAGAAUGGCAGGGUGGGAAGUGGCUGGUGACUACAUCUACACAACUGCAGGAGCUUCUGACAAUGAUUUCAUGAUUUUAACAUUAGUGAUUCCUGGCUUCAGUCCACCACAAUCAGUUAUGGAAGACUCUGAAAAUAAGAAGAUAGCAGAAAUCACUUUUGUCUUUGAAACCAUCUGCAGUGUGAAUUGUGAACUUUAUUUUAUGGUGGGUAUGAAUUCUAGAACCAAUUCCCCCGUAGAAACCUGGAUUGGCUCCAAGGGAAAACAAUCCUAUACAUACAUUGUUGAGAAGAAUGCUACCACGAGUUUCACAUGGGCCUUCCAGAGGACAGCAUAUGACGAAGCGGGAAGAAAAUACACAAAUGAUGUUGCCAGAUUGUACUCCAUUAAUGUGACCAAUGUCAUAGACGGUGUCGCUUCUUAUUGCCGACAGUGCGCUUUGGAAACCUCUGGCUCAUCCUGUACUUCCUGCCCUCAUGGGCACUACAUUGACAAAACAUCCGGUGGUUGUUCUCCAUGUCCAUUAAACACUUACCUGAAAGCUCACCAACCUUAUGGAAAGCAAGCUUGCAUCCCUUGUGGCCCUGGCACAAAAAAUAACAAGAUACAUUCUCUGUGUUACAAUGACUGUCACUUCUCAAUCAGCAUGAAGGAUAGGACUCUGGAGUAUAACUUCUCCAGACUGGCUAACAGCACCUCCUUUUUAGGAGGGCCAAGCUUUACUUCAAAAGGCCUGAAGUACUUUCAUCAUUUCAACAUCAGUCUAUGUGGAAAUUAUGGAAAGAAGACUGCUCUCUGCAUAGAUAAUGUCACAGAUAUUCAUAUUUUGGGCAAAGACACUGAGUUCUCCAAGUCAACUUCAUCCUAUGUAUGCCAGUCCGUCAUGAUUCCUUCUGAAGUGAGGGGUUACAAAACCAUGGUCUCUUCUCAGCCUGUGAACCUGGCAGAUACCUUUGUGGGAGUAACAACAAAACAUAUUCUGGACAACAUAACUUCUCAUGCUGAUUAUUUCCCAGCUGAAAAUGAGCACUUACCUGAUGUCAUAUUUUUUUAUAGAUCCAAGGAUGUGACCCAGACAUGCCAUGAUGGAAGAGUAACUACCAUUAGGCUGAGAUGUGAUCCCCUAAAACUUCAGUUUGGAUCUCUCUCUUUACCAAGCAAGUGUCCCGAUGGAACCUGUGAUGGAUGCACUUUCCAUUUCCUGUGGGAGUCAGUUGAAGCCUGUCCUCUCUGUUCUGCAGAAGAUUACCAUGCCAUUAUCAGUGCCUGCAUUGGAGGGAUACAGCGAACCACCUAUGUAUGGCGGAAGCCAAAGCUAUGCGCCGGAGGCGUCCUGCUUCCAGAAGAAAAAGUCAGCAUCUGCAAGUCCAUGGAUUUCUGGCUUAAGGUGGGCAUCUCAGCUGGGACUUGUACUGCUGUCCUACUGACCGUCAUGACUUGCUACUUCUGGAAGAAAAAUCAAAAAUUAGAGUAUAAAUACUCUAAGCUGGUUAUGAAUGCUAGUGCCAAGGACGGUGAACUGCCUGCAGCUGACAGUUGUGCCAUCAUGGAGGGGGAAGAUGCAGAGGAUGACCUGUUAUUCACAAGCAAGAAUUCUCUCUUUGGAAAAAUAAAGGCAUUCACUUCUAAAGUUUCUCUUAAGUACAGUCAGGCAUGGCAGGACUCUGUGUAUAGGGCUGUUCUCAAUAAACUAAGAGGAAGAAUCUUCCAGAGAACAUCUGAUGGUUUUGAUUCUGUGCCCUUGAAGACCUCCUCUGGCACCACCGACAUGGAUCUUUAGAAGAGAUUUGCCUCUCCCACACCUUUCAUGGAGGAUGCUUUGGGAGUUCUCCUUGAUUAAUACUGGCACUUUGAUGAACUUGCCAUGUGGCCUUAUUGGAAUAUCUUUUAACUUCAGCUUCUUACUGUACUUUUUUAAGUCAAACAUUUUAACAUUUCUCCAAAAACAAACUGUGCCAAAUAUAAUUGUGCUUUUAAAAUUAUGUGUGGAUGUAUAUGUGUAUGUCACUCUUUUGUGAUAAAGAAAAAAAAUCCCCACAAAACAUUAUUUUUUGCAGUAAAGCUAGUGACAUUAUACACAUUCUCUCUAUAAUAGCUAAAGAACUGUAAAAUUGAUUUAAAGUCAUGUCACUCUGCUAAAACAAACUGCUUCUCUGAGUAAGACCUAUUGUACCAAACGUCUUUGUGUUAAGAAGAAUGUUUAAAAUUGUGCUGUAAAACUUUCUAUCUGCUUUUUGUAGCUUGCUACAAACAUCCCUCCUAAGGAAGCUAGUAUAACAACAGUUACAUCCAAUUUGCCUCUAAAGAUUUUAUUGUACUAUUGAGGACUCCUCAACAAAGCAGGCCUAUCUUUCUCUGUCAGGAUAUCUGGCUAUUCUGCAAUUGUUUCUAUUUCCAGUCCUUUUAUUUUAAAACCACAAGGAAAAAAUAUCUGCAUUUACCUUUUCCAAGACUUGAAAAAUGCUGUUAUUUGCCUUGCUAAUGACCUUUCAGGAAAAUGCAUUGUGGUUAAGGAGUUGUGCUGCUGGUGCGCCUAUCCUGACAGUAGCAUAUGUGAAGCUCCAUGGCCUAAUAAGGUUUCUGCCAUAUUAUGCAACUCAGUCAGAUUAGGAUUCCAGAUCAUUCCUAAACUCUGAGUUGUAAAUGUUAUAACAAUGACUGCAACGAUAAAGAAAAACCUCUAGCAUAGCAAACCAAAAUUUUAAACCCAUUCUCCAUCUUUGUAAGAAAUUACUGAGUCUGCUUAAUAUGUCAGGCCAUUUCCCUGCCCUGAUUCCACCCAGAAAAGCUUAUCUUAUAGGACAGAUUCCUGUCAUAUAAGACUUUUCUGGUUUUCUUGCUUUUUUCAGUGCCUUCUAAAUUUUAAAGAACUUCUCCAAUCUGGCAUGCUUCAAAGAUAUUGGCUGGCUGAGGACAAUGGGGUUGCAGUUUGACACAGCUGGAAGUCAUUGGAUUAUAGAAACUGACUUAAACAACUAAUUAUUUUGAAUGAAUACUUAAGACCACAAAGGACAAUACAGGAGACCUGAAAACAAGGUCUGCUGACAUGAGCUUCAAUUGUAUGCAAUAGUGGUGAAUAUCUGUAGCUCAGGUGUAGGAUGAGAGUGAAGGUUCAUUCUCCAAGCUUGAGGAUUGGUUUCCAAAUGUUUCGUUACCAGGCUAGGUAACAUCUUCAGCAGUAUUUAGUCUGUGUCAGUGUUCCACUUAUAUAAGGGCUGACCCACUAAUUCACACCCUCCAAUGACCCUGACCUGAAGUACCUCCCCAUCACAAGCCUCUCUCUGAUGACUCACACCUGGCCCAUCACAAGACCCUCACUUGACACUCCCACACCUGAAGCGCUUAUAUAAGUGGAACACUGACACAGACAUCCACUAAACACUGCUGAAGAUGUUACCUAGCCUGGUAAUGAAAUGUUUGGAAACCAACCUUCAAGCUUGGAGAAUGAACCUUCACUCCCUUCAACUGUAUGUUAGAUGACUUGUGAGUGUUAACACAGUGAAAAUGGCCCAAAAUAACAUGAAUAUUUUGAGUUCAGGUACUUUGUUGUGAUUUUACCUUCAUAUUAUUCUCUUUAAGAAUUUUUCAGAGCAACUACCGGUAGCUAGAGAUUAUUUCCUCCAUUAUACUUGGGAAGGGUUGACAAUUUGGGCUUUGGAAUUCAGGCAACAUCUAAUAACUGGCAAUUGUCAAGUUAAAAUUGACUGAUUUUGUUGCUUUGUUUGUUUUGGCAGGUUAGAAUAACCUUGAGGGUGGAAUAUGCAAAACCCAAGUUCAUUUUUGACGGUAUACUUCUCUACCUCAGAAAUAAUUCCCAUUGAGUUCAAUAGAGCUUUCCUCCAAGUAAAAAAAUCCCCCUUAGAUUCCUCUGAACGUCCAAAUACUCUAUUUAUAAAAAAGAAUGCAGUACUUUUUCAAAUAUGUACUUAAAGCACCCCGUAGUAUAGAUUGCUAUCCACAUUCUACUUUAAAUAUAUUUUGAAAGUUGUAAUGAUUUUAACAGUCCAUUUUUUAAAUGUUUAACCAAGCCUUUCCAUUCAAAUGCUUUUUAGAUGUAUUGGAACCACAGCCACUAUCACUCCCAGCCUGUAAAGCAGGACCCGUCUGCUGACAGAAAUGGGAGUUGCAUUCUACCACAUUUGAGAGAUACAAUUUUUGGGAAACUUGAUUUAAGCCAUUUUUUGCCAAAGCAGUUAGCAGAAAUUGUUGCUCUUACAGGAAUAGGACUGUUAUAUUGUUUGAAAUGGAUUAUAUUUAUUGGGAUAUAGCUAUAUUAGUUCAAGAGAGAUAACCAAUAUUACUUUAAAAUGAGACAAGCUAAAUGCUUUUACUCAAAUAGCCUUAAGUACUAAUGCAUGAUAAAACUGAAAAAUACUAUAAUCCUAAUGAUCAGCAUACUUCACGGUUAAAAGGCCUAAUAGCUUUUACUGUGACAGUAAUUGAAAAAAAUUGAGACUGUGACAGCCUCUUAGAAAUGAUAUAGAGAUGAGAAGGGCAGAAAUUGCUCUGAGAGUAUAGUUAUCAACUGUGCUUUCCUACCCAAUAGGAAACUGUACAACCAGAUUUGCAUGAAUCAGUUGUUAGUUGCAAUAAUUUGAAACAUUCUAUACAGUUCACAAUAUGUAAAGUAAAUGUAGCAUCUAUUAUGGCUUGCCAGUUGUUUGAUAAUGUCUGUAGUACAACCAUGUCUUGGAACACCCAAAAGACAUAUAUGGUAGAACAAAUUCAUUUUAUGGAGUAGUUACAAACCUUGCAAGCCAGAGUGAUUGUCAGCAUAAUAACACUGACUAAAACGUGUCCUGUAAUGGAAGGCUGCCAUAGUACCUUGACUGGUUUUCGCCAACUGGACUUUAGUUAUUUAAACAAUAGAUAAAAGCAACUCUUGUCUACGAUUACCAAAUCAAUUUGGGAUCAAGCAUCAGGUUUUUUUUAAAAAAAAAUUCCUAUAUUUUCCAUACAAAAGUGCUUGCCUGAGGAUAGGAUGGUUAUGCUCAUGUAAUACAGUAAGAUGUUAUGGGACAAAUUUAUCAGUGGUCAUAAGAAUAACUUAGGAGAGUUUCUUGUUGCUCAGGACAGGAAAAUUUAUUUUUAGUUUCAAAUGAAGCUCAAAGGAUAAAGAAAGGUAGGGCAGAUAUUUGGCUAGAAUACAGUAUAGUUCAUAAUAAUAAAAAAAGCUAUCCAAGUGGGCCCAUAUGCCCCAAUGAAGCUUCUCCUAUCCAAGUUGAAAAUGCCUAUGAUAGUUUCAUCCUCUGUUUCUUUUUAAAAGAAAGGAGACCACUUAAAUUCCAACCGUAUUCAAAACAGUAACAACUGAUGUACUAAAAACCAUCACUUGUAUUAAAACAUAUAGUAACAGAAGUGCAGUAUUCUAAUCAAUUCAAAAGAGGCUCUGGAGCAUAAGGGAAUGUAGACACAGCACUAGUGUAGGACUUCUUAAAGCAGGAUUGCUUACAUUUGUGCGGCUGCGGGAAAAGCUUUUGGAUAACUGCUUUAAUGAAUCAUGGAGAGGUGGUGGAUCUGUAUAUCUGCUCAUUUCAGAGCAUCACUUCUAAAUAAUGUCAGAAUCUUAAAUUUAACAUUCAGAUUAUCAACAUCAUCGAAACAUGAUGUUUCAGUAAUGUAACUGUAGAGGAUCAAAAGGGGAAAGAGGCUGCUCCACUAAUAAUGGGGACAGGGUUGUAAAGCUAUUCUCACAAAUUAUGUAUUUAUUACAUUUCUAAAUGAUCUGUUAUUUUCUUCUCAGUUUGGAAAAUUAGAUGUGUUAUGAAAGUAACCUUUUUUUAAAAAAAAAAAUAAAGGCCCAAAACUAACUUUGUAGAAAACUUGAUAGCAGCAGUCCAAACAGAAUUCCACACUUGAAGCUUUCCUUUGGAUUUGUGUAUGCAACAUAACAUACUCAAUCACAUUCAGUGACAGUAUUUUGCUGAAUAUGUGUUUUAAUAUAAGGAAGGAAAAGUCUUGGUCCAUUUAAUGGCAUCAGUAGCCAUUAAAUAUAUGAAUGGCUCAUUUAUAAUAAAUAUAAUACCAAAUCAAAAUUUGUAAACAUUAAUUGUGGUUUGUUAAACAAACCAUAAUUGGUGUAUACUAAAUGCUAAGUCAUACUAGAUGCAGCCACACAUCAUAUAAGCAAAAUAAAUAAAUCACAUUAUGGUUUUUCUACUAUUUGUAAAACAAGCCAUUGAAUUACUCCAUAGCAGAGCAGUGAGCAAUAGGAAUGUUUUUUUUCAGAAGUAUGGAAAUGGACCUUGAAGAGCAGCCAUACUUCUUAAGAUUCAGAGAUGCCCUUUUCUUAUAUUUUUCUAGUAUUUUCUCAAAAGAUACUAAUGCUAGAGUGUUGUCCACUGGUUAAGUAUAUUUAGUCUUACUUAAUGUUAUCUACUGUAGAGGCUUGGGAAUACACUACUGUAUAGCAUCUAGAUUUUCUUAUAUGUCAUCUAUGAGAAUGUGGCCCAAUUGUAAUUCACAUGUUUGUAAAUUUCAUUCAUGUAAGACAGGAAAAGUACUUUUGUCUAUUUAAUAACAUAACAGCAUUACUGUUUUGUAUUGUUGUGGUAUAUUAUGCUGAGGGGAUUUUUGCUUCCACAUUUUUGUACAUGUUUGAGGGUUUUGGAAGAAAGUGUAAUCUUUUUAAUAUAUAAUUAAUAAUAUGUCAGAUAUUUUAUUAUUCCAAUAGUAAUCUUCAAGGACUUUUCAGAGCUUGGAUGAAUCAUAAAAAUGCUAUUCAGGGACUACAAUAUGAUACAUUUCUUAAAAAUAUGACAACUUUUGCAAUGCUGUAUAAAAUUGAUUUAAUUACACUUAUAAACCUGUGGGGGAGCUUUUCAGCCUUGUGAUGAUAAACUGAAGCUUAUUUUGUUCUAUGUGCAUAAUGGGCUGGGUUCUAUUUAUAAGGUCAAUACAAUUUUGUAAUUUAUGGAGA